AUGUUUCGAGUGAGCAAUUUCGUUGUGGGUCUAGCCAACACGCUAGUGAUGUUAGUGGGCGCAUCAGCCAUUGGUUACUCGAUCUACAUGUUCGCUCAUCAAGGCGUGACCGAUUGUGAGUCAGCGAUCCGUGCACCACUCCUCACGACCGGACUCAUUCUCUUCGUGGUGUCGUUGGUCGGAGUGAUAGGAUCUUGUUUCAAGGAGAAUUUCGCCAUGGUUUCGUACUUGAUCAUAUUGUUUGCAGGCAUUUUUGCGCUUAUUGGUUUCUCGAUAUUCCUCUUCUUUGUGACCAACAAAGGAGCCGGUCGUGUGGUCUCCGGUCGAGGGUAUAAAGAGUAUCGGACGGUUGAUUUCUCGACUUGGCUUAACGGUUUUGUUGGUGGGAAGAGAUGGGUUGGGAUUAGAUCUUGUUUGGCCGAGGCUAAAGUUUGUGAUGAUCUCAGUGAUGGUCGUGUUAGUCAGAUCGCCGAUGCGUUUUAUCACAAGAACUUGUCCCCAAUCCAGUCGGGAUGUUGUAAGCCACCGUCAGAUUGCAACUUCGUGUUCAGAAACGCGACGUUUUGGAUACCGCCGGCCAAAAACGAAACGGCGGUUGGGGCCAACAAUGGCGAUUGCGGUACGUGGAGCAAUGUGCAAACGGAGUUGUGUUUCAACUGCAACGCGUGCAAAGCCGGAGUGUUAGCGAACAUAAGAGAGAAGUGGAGGAAUCUUCUAGUUUUCAACGCGUGUCUCAUCCUCCUCCUCAUCACCGUCUAUUCCUGCGGUUGCUGUGCUCGUCGUAACAAUCGGACGGCUAUGAAAAGUGACUGUGCCUGA